AUGUCGUCCCUCGUGCCCCCGCUCAACUUGCGCCCACGCUCAAGCACGACCGCCGCACACCAAGCCCCGCCGCCCUCGUCGCCCGCACCGGCACCACCGGCGGCCGCUCAACUCGGCGACGCGCACGACCCGGCGGCCACGGCUGGGGGCGUCGUCAUGGAGGGUUAUUUAUUGAAGAAGAAGCGAAAGAAGCUACAAGGCAUGAUAAGGCGGUACUUUCGCUUGGCGGGCAACGGUGCCCUCUCGUACGCGUUCAACCCGACUUCGCCGCUGCGCGACUCGAUCUUCGUCUCGCUCGCCUUCAUCUCGGCGUCGCGCAAGCACCGCACCUUCCACAUCGACGGCGGCACAAGCGUGUACCACUGCAAGGCGCUCACGCUCGACGACUUCGACAAGUGGGCAGCGGCGCUCAAGCAGUUCAUCCCCGUCGCGCAAGUCCCGAGCGGCGACGCCGAACACGCCCGUGGCCUCGUCAGCAACCUGCGCGGCGUCAACCUCGGCGGCAGCUCGGCUCCGCAGCGCGACGAGGCGGUCGAGAAGGUCCUCGACGCGCUCGGCAAGCUCAAUCAGCCCAUCGCCGACAUCGAGAUGCUCGCCAACGAGCUGCGCCAAGCCGACCCGUCGCAGAACCAGGCGCCGCAGCCCCAGCCCCAGCAGCACCUCGUCCCUCCUGCGCAAGGCAGCCCUCAGCACUCGCAGAGCAACGGCGGCAGCAAGUUCCGCUUCCUCGGCAAGCGCUCGAACAGCACGUCGGCGCCAUCCGGCGCUCGCUCGCCCUCGUUCAGCGGCUCGCCCGGCGGCGCGCACGGCCAGCCGCAGCCGCUCAACCUCAACGUCGGCGCGCCGAGCAGCUCGGUGUCGGGCACGACGAUGCUGUCGAGCUCGCCCACGUUCGACGACGCGUUCGACAACAAGCCGUCGUCGGCCUCGUCCUCGUCGCAGGGCAACGACGCCCUCCUGCGGCAGCUGAGCGGCGCCGUCGCCACGCU